UUAUGGACCUUGGCGCAUUGGAUUUCAAACAGCUUCAGAUGCCGAGAUAUGCCCCAAGCACAAGAUGGACAUCAUUCGAAGGUUGGAAUUACAACGGCAUGACAGAGCGGUUGGAGGCAUUGCUUGCCAAGCUUGACAAGAGGAUCAAGCCCUGGCCACCUCGAUCCCGACCCCUGCGGGUCCGAAGGUGCCAAUAGGGGGCGCUAAAACCAUUGCCAUCCCCACACAAAAAAGGAAGGCAGCCGCCACCGACGACCGACAGCAUCUCAUACCUGCGACCUUUCGCCAGCAUGUCUACAACUGUCAGCACCACGAGCCGCUUCCUCAGUGCGCUGCAGGCGCAAGGUCGCUUGAUCUUCGAAGGUCCUCACACAGUCCGCAAAGUGGGCGAGGCGUUUCUCAUUCGGAGAGAGGCGGAGGCAAUGGAUUAUGUGAAGAAGAAUACAUCCAUUCCGAUUCCAACAGUUCUACGAGUUCACCUCGACGACGCCUCCAACGGCAAAAGCAGCUGGAUCCUCAUGCAACGGCUGUCGGGACUUGAACUUGGUACUGCUUGGCCUCAGAUGGAUGAUGACGCGCGGUCCGAAACCAUAUGUCAAUUAAGAUCAUACUUGGAGCAGCUUCAUCGACUCCGCCCAGCAACUGCCGUCGUGGGACGCAUUGGAUCGGCCUCUGGAGGUCCGGCUUGGGAUCACAGACUGAGCAAUAUGUCGACCUGUGGCCCUUUUGAGUCCGUGGCUGAAUUCCAUGAUUUUCUAGUUGCCCCCGUCCGACAAUGCCCGCGACCCGAACUGGUCGCUAAAUACCGAAGCCAACUGGCUGAUACAUACGACGUAUGCUUCGCCCAUGCAGAUCUCUCUUGGGAGAACAUUCUCGUUGAUGUUUCGACUGGGCAGAUCCAGGGUAUUCUGGACUGGGAAAUGGCAGGGUUCUGGCCGGAGUGGUGGGAGUAUAGGAAAGCUCUCUUUGGUUCUCGAAGCCAACAAUGGUGGAGGCAUAUAUUAAAGGAGGUCAUGGUGGAACGUACAAGAGAGACAGAGAUCGACAUGGAGCUAGAGAUGUUCUGAAUCGGGGCUAUCAAACUAAUCCGUCCUUACGACCCCUCGUCACAGCAUUGGCACUGCUCGUCUUCCAUUCAUUUCUCCUUCAACCAGGUUUUCAACGCCUCUGCAGUCAGAUAAUCAUAUGCGAAACCAUCCUCCUUUAGCUUUUCGAACCCUUCGAGCGCCCAGUUUUGGCAGUUCCACCCUGAAUGCUCGACAGUAUCAAUUGACACAUC